UUCGUCAGCGUCGGUACCGCGGCAGCAGCAGCCCACAGUGCGCGACACGCAAUGGAUAGAGUCCCCAGAUGACGGACCCAGACGCCUUGGAAUGACAGCCGCUGUCACCGAGAGUGACAGCUUUCGCUCUCUGCUGCCGCACCUCGACUAGUACCGCGUGACGCGCUCUCUGUCGUCCGCCAAAGUAGAGACACGGAGCGAGUCAGAAUUAUGCCAGAGAUGGAGAAAGGACGACCGCCGGAAAAUAAACGCAGUAGGAAACCCGCGCACCCCGUCAAGAGAGAGAUCAACCAAGAGAUGAAGACUUUUGCCGAGAGCACCAUGAAUGAGCUCCUCGGCUGGUACGGCUACGACAAAGUGGAACUCAGGGACUCAGAGGCCACCGAGAUACGUAACUACCCCAACCGGGAGCAUUUCCAGCAGCAUGUCUCCGUGCUUAAAGAAAACUCAGUGCCCAAACCCAAGAGCCUGAACAACCGAGUCGGCCCGUCGGCCCUGGCCAUGAGGAGCGGAGAGCGGGAAUUGUCCAGCGUCCCCUCUUCCUCCUCAUCCUCCCCCAGCUCCUCCUCUCAGAUCAGCCAUAAGGAGCACAAGAGUGCGCCUGUUAUUGUCCCACUUAUAAAGCCAUCAGCAGUGGAAGACGCGCAGAACGUGCAGAUAGUCUGCGUGUGGUGUCAAAAGGAGGGCGUGAAGCGUUACUCUCUCUGCAUGGGCGCCGAGCUGAAGAGCUUCUGCAGCGAGAAGUGCUUCGCCGCCUGCCGACGGGCAUACUUCAAACGCAACAAGGCGCGUGAUGAGAACCUCGUUGGGGGCGAGAGGUCUCCACAGCACACUCAUGCCGAGGACUCACCCCGACUGGUGCCAGAGGCAAACAGCGGUGGGGCCAGAUCUCUGUCGCCCAUACCGCAGGUGUGCGACUGGUGCAAACACGUCCGCCACACCAAAGAAUACCUGGAUUUUGGCACUGGGGAGGAGCGGCUCCAGUUUUGCAGCACCAAGUGCCUGAACCAGUACAAGAUGGAUGUGUUCUACAGAGAGGCCAGGGCCGCUCUCACCAGCUCCAGUCCAGGCAGACCCGCUCAGGAGGGGAGACCCGAGUCCAGCAGGGGGGCUCAGAACCAGAAGCUCCUAACCCCUGAGUCGUGGAGCAGUGGUGUGGGGGAGUUGCGAGGGAGGACCAGGUCACCCAAGGGGCCUACGCCCACCCACGGCACGGCGGCUCCGAGGAGCGUUUCCCCGGCUGCAGUGUCAUCUUCAUCGUCAAAGGUCAACGCUUCAGGGCUGAGGCACCUGGAGAGGCACAUUCUGCCUCCCCCGCCGCCCAUGGAGGUGGCAAGCCAUCCCGCGCCUCCUCCUCCUCCUCCCCCUCCCCCACCCCCUCCACCUCCUCAUCAUCGUCCCCCAGCAGAGCACCACCACCCGCACCACCAGGCCACGACCCAGUUCCCGCUGCCCUUCAUCCGUCCCCCACUCCAUGCCCAGAGCCUCAAGAGCCCCCUGGCCAACCCCCCGAGGGCGCACCCCGUGCCUCCUUCCAGCCCAAUCCACCGGCCGCCGCCUCACUCCCCGCGCCACCCCCACCUCCAGCCACCGUCGGCAUCCUCCAUGAACCCACCCGGAAUGCACCCGUACCCAGGUGCGUACUACCCUGGCCUGCACUCCCCGCCCCUCAACGUGAUGGGGCCCCGGGGCCCUGUUCCAAUGCCUCCCAUGGUGAACUUCAUGGGUUGGCCGUCCAUGGGCCCCUUCUUUCCUCAGCCCACGGUCCUGGUGCCGUACCCCGUCAUCAUCCCCAUACCCAUCCCCGUCCCCAUCCCUAUACUAGUGCAUCCCAAGGUGCCCCCCCCUGACCCAUCUGGGGCCCCUCACAGCGGUGUCAUCCAGCCUGUGCCGGAUGGGAUAGAAAGGGGGCGUUCCUGUGGGGUGAGACUUCCCUCUCCCGGGUGUUCAGUGGCCAACAGGUUGGGCGGAGCUACCGUCCAGGGUCUUUGCGUGCCCUCUGACCCCACCAGAAGGGACAUCAACGACUGGGUGAAGAGGGAGAGGAAGGCUCCAUCACCCCUGUCCACCCCACACAGUGCGGCGUCCUCUCCCAGGGCUCGCUGCGAUGCUUCCCCCUCGUCCGCCUCCGUGAUCGAGGGCCUGACAGACUUUAAGCUGGAAAGACAGGUCAUCCAGAGGGUUCUCCAGAGGACCCCAGUCAAACUGGAGCCCAACCCCCUCGCAGUUGUGGUUCCGCUGGGUCCGGCAGAGCCUGGAGUGGGCCAAGGCACCUGGGUGGUCGGUAUGAAAGGGGACCAGCACCACCAUCCCCAUGACAUUAUCAAAAAACCCACUCCUCCACCCUCCCAAACUCCUCCACAUGACACCGCCCACCCCCAGAGCCCAAAUGUGUACCCCCCCUCUCAUCCCCCAUUAAGUCCCAGAGAGGGAGGCAGCAGCCCAUGCAAUAAUGCCACCUCCUCCACGCCAACCUCCCCAGACGUCCCUGACCAAAAGAUCACAUCCCCGAGCCUAGAAUCCUACGGGUCUCAGAGAGAAGCCCCGCCCCAUGGCCCUGAAUCUGCCCUCAGCAAGCUGGAGGCAGUAAAAACAAACUGCUCUAAUGGCCAGGUUCUGGGGCGAGACCGGGGCCAGGUCCCUCCUAUCCCCAGCAGCCAAUCAGAAGAGCCCUUGGCCAGCGGCGACCCUGAGGACCCCCAUGUCCUUGAUGAGGACCACGCUUAUGCCCUGCCUACCCCCACUCCUACGCCCCCCAGGACAGACAGUGUCUUGACCAGCAGCCCCACCACCCUCCUACUGCCCAAGCUCAGGGACAAGGGGGCCCUGCGUAGCCCACCAGGGGUUGCUAGCAUCGGCGACACGGAGCCUGCCGCGAAGAGGCGAUGCCUCCGCAUCCGUGAUCAGAACAAGUAGAGGAGAGAGGCUCAGUGUUUUACACAGCACAGCGCCGCCAGACCCAGCGACCCCGCUCUCUACUGGACAAACCCAGAACCAACGCCUUCCCUCCCAACCCAAUACGCAGCCAAUCAUGCAGCCAAUCAAGCAGCCAACCUGGGAGAUCGCCCUCCCCUUCUUCUGACCACCGGUCAAUGUGGUCUUCCACCACCUUGGCAGUAUGGCGGUGUGUGUGUGUGUGUGUGUGUGUGCGUGUGUGAGAGAGAGAGCAAGUGAACCAUACACGCCUUUGUACGACACGUCCGGACCCUCCGUAAUGGCCAGAGAACUCCGUCCGCGAUCCCUGCCGUGCCGUAGCCCCGCGGGACGGCGCCGACGGGCACGGCGGCCAGAUGCAACACCCGACCCGGUGGCCCAGUGACUCCGGGGGCCACCGGGGCUGGACGGCGGCUGAGCUGCCCCUCCGAGCGUCAGCCAUGUGUGGUCUCCGUCGACGGGGCCCGAACACGAUCCCUUUCCAGGGGAAGCGGUUUGUUUUCCCCAGCCGGCUCCACACAAAGAGCCACAUUGUUCCUCUUCCCCUUAUCCCACAACCGACUCCCCCACUCCGGGGUUGGGUUACCUGGCCGGCGGGGGCUCAGGCUUCAGGAGGGGUUCGUCUUGUUGUUUUUUUUGUCUGACGGAGGGGCCGGGAAUAUGAUGUGCGCCUCCUUUCCCCAGCCCUCCUCUGCACCCCGCAC